AUGUCUAGAGGGAACAGUGCUGGGGGUCUACAGCAGCAGGUCUCCAUCAGGACCGCCCCGGACCUGCUCAAGACCAAACCCAUCCAAUACCAACACGACCCAGAGGAGGGGGACAAGCUCACCAUCACCCUGCCCAAAGUCCCCACCACCGCCCCUGUCAGGUCUGUACCAUAAACACUGUGGCUGUUACUGUCACUAUCACCAUCACUCUCACUGCAAUACUAAGGCUAUAACCACCUUCCUUCCUGUUCAAUGCUGGUGUUUCUGCAUUGUGGCAUGGUUAUAAAUGUGUUACUCCUGCUAUGUCACUAUUCGUCUAACUGGGAACCUGGGGGCGAUUGUUCCUUAGUCGUGGACCGCUAUCUGAGCCCACUGUAUACAAGAUGGCUUUCUCAAUCCCUAUGCCUAUUAGUAAUAUUUAUUGGUGCCACUACUAGUAUUAUCCACCGCAUCCUGUGCUUACUAUAGUUGUAUCACAACUAUCUCCUUAAGAACAGCAGGGGAUAGAAAAUGAUUUGUGAAGUGUUGCUACUGUAUGUUGUCUUGGUGGAAGUUGUGUAACUUCAUCUAUUCAUCUAUCUGGCUGGAGGCCAUAUUUCCCAGAGCUAUACUGUUAAAAGUAACACCCAGCACCUAAAGGAGCUGAGAGAGGAUUUGGACAGAGAGAGGAUGAUGCACAACAGAGGCUAAAGAGGCUGAGCUGGCUGGACUUUAGGUCCAGAAGGCCUUCCUCACCAGACACACAGAAAACAUGGCUUUCCAUGCUAAUGCUAAAUCGAUAGCCUCAGACGAGCACGAGGAGGAUGAAGGAUACUUGGAGGAUGAGGAUCUGGACGCACGCACGCACGCAUACACACACACACACACACACACAAGCUGUGUCCUCCAGGGCCGCCUGGUUGGAGAACAACUCCAGUGCCUUUAUAUACGUCCCACUCUUCUACACACCAACAUGAAACAAUUCUAUAGUAUACUACACUACGGCAUAAAUACUAGUGUUUUUGCUGACUUUACUGUAGUAUUUACUGUGGUGUUUUUGCUGACUUUACUGUAGUAUUUACUGUAGUAUUUACUAUAGUUUUAUUGACUAUAUUACUGCAGUAUUUACUAUAGUGUUUCUUCUUCAAGAAACCUACUGGAGAAAUACUAAAAAAGCACGUUUUCCAUAACCGGUCAGUCUGAACAGAGAGUUCAAAGUUUAUGCUCUUUUCUAUAACCUGUAGGGAACACAAUAUACUGUAUGGUCUAUACUUGGCAUUUAGGUUUUUCACUUAUGGGUGGCACAAAUUGCGAUAUGGGCGAGGGGAAUGGUCAGGGCAUAUGCAAAUUAAAUACUGUAGUAUUUACUAUAGUUAAAGUGUAGUGUUUUUGUCGACUUUACUGUAGUAUUUAAUAGUGUUUUUUUGUUGUUGUGAAUAAUACUGUACUAUUCACUGUAGUAUUCUACAGGAUACUACAACAUUCUAUAGUAAGUACUACACAUGAUCGAGGAAUACUACAGUGUGUAAUAUUUGUAUUCUACAGUAUGCUACAUUUGACUAUUUAAUUCUAUAGGAAGUACUGUAGUAUUCUAUAGUAAACUGUAGUAUUUUUUAAUGUGAGCAGUUCAUAACUGCCUUGUUAUUUUCACAUUUAGUUUCAGUGUUAGAGCAGUAGAGAGAGAACACUAUUAGGGAUAAGUCUGGCUUUGUCCCAAGCCAGCCUGCUGUCCUACAAUCAUUACUAGUAAAAACCUUUAAAAAUUGCAUCUAUCUAAAAAAUCUGUGCUAGUAAGACACAUAUUUACUGUAGCUCUAUGCUCCUUUCCCAAUACAGCAUAAAGCAAUUUCUUCUAGAGUUGGCUUCAAAUGAUAACUAAUAGAACAUCUGGGGCACAAUGCAGAACCUGCAAUUUCAGACAAGGUACUUUUUUUUACCCCUACUACUCGGGCAGACAGACUUGCGAAUUACUUGGACUCAAGUGUUUGUUUCUAAAAAGAAACUGGGAACAUCUAAGCCGUAAUAAGCAGCGCCAGCAGGAGUGUUAAAAAAAGAAAACUAAUUUAGCAAUACAAUCAGUAUCUUAAUGCCCUGGCUAGACCUUUUCAUCACACUCUGGAUUAGAGCCAGACACACGCUCACACAAAGGCAGACAUACACAUACACACACAUACACAUACACUCAUGCACACACACACACACACACACACACACACAAGAGCAAGAGUAAACAUCAGAGCCAAAGCCAAACUUAUCCCACUAUUCCUCUGGUGACAGAAGUUAACUACAUGGGUUUAACAGGGCAAAGAUGUUGACUCAUCAGAGGGGGGCAUGUGUUUGCAAAGCAUACAUGUGUUUGCCUAUCAGAGGAUUCAUUAUCUGGUAUGAGAGACUACAUAUCUAUGUUUGAGUACUUCUGGCUGUGGAGGAUGGAUUGAGGCCUUAGCAGAGCCUGCAUGUUAUGACAAUACAGAUAUCUGAGAUAUGCUCAGGCUUACCAAAAGGGACACCUUGUUACACACACAUGUAUGCACCCAUGCACCCAUGCACGCACACUCAUUCUCACUCACUCAUUCACUCACUCAGUCCAUCACACACACACACACCAAAACAUUUAUUCUCAUUCAAAAUGCUAUUUUCCCAAACCCUAACCUUAACCUUAACCUCUAACUCCUAAUCCUAACCCCUAACCCUAAUUCUAUCCCUAACCCUAAUUUUUAACCCUAACCCUAAACCUAACCCCUAAGCCUAAAAUAGCAUUUUUCCUUUUGGGAACCGGUUGAAAUGUCCCCACUUGUCAAAUUUUGGAACCCAAAAGGACCACACGCACACGCACACACACACACCCUGGUCGUACUCAACCUGAUUGUCUCUCUCUACAGAUAUUACUACAUAGUGGUGGUUCCUGUCACACCAGCCACACUACGCAGGUGGGAGAACCCUGAAGAUAUGGACUUGGAUGAGGUGAGUGAGUGAGUGCAUGUGUAUGCUUGCGUGCGUCAACAGCACCUCCUCUGGGCACAGACCAAAAAAAGCACUUUCUUCCAAGCCCAUUAAAUAUAAAGCAUCUUUAAAACAUCUCAUAUCCUUUGUCUCUGCCAAAAAAAAGAACAAGACAAUAUCGACAGAUCAUGCUGUGAAUCGUUGAUUACAGAAUUCUCAGCUUUCACUACACAUGUGAAAUGCCCUUUUUGCCCUUAACAGUCUGUCUUUGCGGUGCAAGAUGGUGAUUUCCAUUUAAACAAAUACGCUUUUUAUUUUUAAUUUCAAGUUUUGCUUCUCCUGAGUGUUUGAGGCACUUAAAACACUCCUAAAAAGCUGCUCUUAGCAUUUUUUUGCUUUGUUUUAUUAAUGUGGACCAUUUGGGCUUCAAUACCUUCUUAUGCUUUCUCGUGAGUUUGCUUUCUCUUAAUCUACUGUCGUCUGCUGAAAAAGUGCAGCCUCUUGAAUAUCCAAAAACCAUAGAGUGUGUUAAAUAAAUAUGCCUGCAUCCAAAGCAUCUUUGAGACAGCAAGAUCUGCUUUGUCAUUGUCAAAGCCUUUUUUUUUCUAAAUAAUUGCCAUUGCUGCAGUUUUAUAGACUAGAGAAACUGUGUGGGUUGGUUAAAGUUGUAUUGAAGAGCGGAGAAGAGUAACAAGGUUAUAGCGAUGGUUUACAUAAAAAUGUCAUGUUGACUUUAUAGGAAUCAGUAGAACUGUAGAAUACCUCAGACAUUCUCUUUGAAUACUGUUUGCUACCUUGACCAUUAAGUGCUUACAGUGCAGUAGACCCUGGUAGAGUUGUGACAGAAGCGGAUCAACAGACAGAGACAGGUAGAGACAGAUAGACAGAGUAUGAUGCUCACUGAAGAGGCAGGUGGAGAAGAGAUUAGUCAAACAAUCUACAGACACACAUCUACCUACCCCCUCUCUCCAUCAGAGGGAGUGAAUUAAUGAUACCUCAUUCACACAGACAGGGACAUACACACACAGAAACAAUUGUGUUAUAGGACCAAGAUGUUAUAAAACUUUAAUUACUCUAUGCUUCAUUUGCAGUAUGAUAUUUUAACCCACCUGUGAGCCUAGAAGCACAAUUCAUUGUAGCCUAUGGGCGCAGUUUAUGAGCAUAUAUUUAUUUGAUGUGAACAGUAUGUGUGCUUUAUAUUGCUGACUAUAUAGUUUCUAUACAAUAAAAACAUAGAUAAUAAAGUUAUUUGUCCAGUUUGGGGUUAAGCACCUUGCUCAAAUCCACAAUGGUAGGAGAUUGUGUAUCUUUGAGUCUUCGCUCCAAUUGGCACCCUAUUUCCUACAUAGUGCACAUACAGAAUGGUGCUAUUUGGGACGCAGAUAAGUAUCUCUCUCUGUGAUGUCAUGUCAGCUCCUGGAGGCUAGUUCUGACCAGAGCCUGAGGAGGAGACAGACCCAAGAGUUCCUCAGACCCUACAUUGCUGCCAAGAUGGAUGCUCUGCCAGACACCUUCCCUCUAGGAGACGAGAAGAAGUACAAUGGCUUCUACAACAAGCCUCUACACGGCCAGCAGCAGUACCUCUGUUUCGUACUGGCUGCCCUCAAAGACCACGAGUCUGUAAGUGAAACAGCCACUUCUCCUUAUCUAUAGAUACUGUAGUCCUGUCACAAACACAACUUCCAAACACUAUUACCAUCCCUGAGAUACAUGUACAUCCAAUGUAGAAUCAAACUUAAAAUACUAAUACUGUUAGUACAACAGUAAGCAUAUGUCAUAUACUGUAAAUGCCCUUUGAGUCUGCCAUGCCUAUUCUACACAGUGCAGCCUCACUAUUAUUUUAUUUUAAUACAGUCACUUGUGUUUUUUGUGAUAUUCCUCUUGUCUCUCAGUGAGCUAGCUAAGUAACAGAUGAGCCAACGCUCACGCUGGGGUCGCCACGCCGCUAGCUGCACGAAGCAGCAGCACUGCAUGACUCACGUCUGUGUAGUGAGUCAUGGUUACUUGUGCACGUGUCACAGAGAAACUCUGAGAAACUACUCAGUGUGACAGUAACUGGUUUCCUCUUCAGAAGAUACACUCACUGGUGUCCUUGGUCUUCACUGCAUUAGUUCAGACAGCUCCUCAGCCUCAAAACAUGUUUCCCCUAUUUACUGUAUAUAUUUACUGUAUGUAUACUGCAUGUGGAAAUGAUGGGAUGGUUGAUAAAAUACUUUUUUUAAAGCAUAAAUCUGUUUUACAACCAUUGGAGCACCAACUCUCGACAGUGCCAGCCCAUUGCUAUAUCUAUCUUCCAUCUUUUGGUAAGCAAUACAUUGUGGAGAGAAAGUGGAGUUCUGUAUUGUGUUGUGUUGAGCUAGAACAUAGUUAUUUCUCUUUAGCAGAGUGACAGACAGACACAUUACAGAUCUGUGACCCAGUAAAUUGAAUUAUUGUUGAAUCUAAAUCAAGCCUGGCCAGAGAACAUAGCAGGCUAAUCACAUUCAUGGGAAAACAGGGAAGUGAGCUCAGCUCUUUAGUUAUGGCAGGGUUGGUGGCAGGGCGGAUAGAGAGGGAGAGGAGAGAGGAGGGGGAAGGAGGGGGGGUUGAUGGCAGGAUGGAGGAAGGAGAGGAGGAUGGAGGGAGGCAGGGGACUGGAGCAAAAGGGUACUGCAGCUUUAUGUGGCUCCCUUGGCUGGUAAAUAUGCCUGGAAGUGUGAAAUUGGAUAAAAGAAACAAGCCAUAUAAACAGUGUGAUCACUUACAGCAGGGAAGAGAGGGAGAUAUGGAGAGAGGGACGAGGAGAGGGCGCAUUAGAGAGAAAGGGUGUCAGUUUCAUCAGAGGGGACUGGAGAGAACCGUAUGGGAUUUAUGGAGGGGUGAAAAGAGUGAGAGGUACAGAGAGAGAGAGCGAUAAGUCUGAUGGAGGAAGAGAGAGUGGUAGAGGGAGCCUUGGGGAAAUAAUAUACAGUACUAAGAUAGAAGAGAAACGCAGUAAAAGUUUUAUGGAUGAGAUUUUCUUUUUUUUUAUGGGGAGAUUUUAUGGAUGAAAAAGCGAGAGCUGUUUAAAUGACACAGAGGGAGGCAGAGAGACAGAGACACAAUGAAAAUAGGGAGAUGGAAAGAGACAAAUAGAGAAAGAGACAGAUUGAAAGAGCGGGCGAGAGACAGAAUGAAAGAGAAAGACAGAGAGACAGAGAGCGAGAGGUCGUAGCCUGGGGAUUAAGGGAGUGGGGAGUGGGGGGGCCUGCAGCUCUGUCCUCACCUCAGACACACCCGGAGGGGAUCGUUGUCAAUAUGUUAAAUCAUCAUGUUAGUGUUUAAUGCUACACCGAUCUCCUCUCAUUGCCAAUGACUAUAAGGAUCUAUCUGCAAAAAGAUGAUUCUGAGAUAAAUGUCUUUCAAAGUUCCGAACCCUCAUUUGUUUGUGUCAGCAAAUUAUAUAUUAUAUUCUUUUGAACUUAUCAACAUGAAUUGGGGUAUUUAGAGUACUUUAUACCGCAGCGUUGGUGAAUACUAGUUUCUGAUUGGCUAGAAGGGCAUUCUAAAAUAGACAUUAAAACCAGAUAACGGGACAGUUGGAAAAUAAAUCAGGACAGUUGGAAAAGAUAUCGGGACACCUUGCAAUCAUGACGCAAUAAGCGCCUACACAUGCAGACCGUACUUACUACGAAGUUACAGAAAGCUCAACCAACAACCACACAAACCGAAAUUGGAUACAUUGUAAACGCAGAUCCAACAAGGACAAACUUAGCUAGCUAGCAUUUAUUUGUUUUUGCAGAGACAUAUUUUAUUGGACCAUCUGAUGACCUAACGUGGUGAGUGAUUAACAUGAAUUUCUCUGGUCCUUACUGGUGCAGUCAUGACGCAAGUGGCACUAUGUCAAUAACAAGGCUAUGUCAAUUACUGCAUUUUGACAAAAAUAGUCCCAAGCUCUGUAUCACUUACUACUACCAAUGUGCUAUCGUGAGAAUGAUUAUUGAGAGACCUCUUAACCUUUUACUGCAGUGGGCUAAAUCAGGGUCACACAGUGUUUCUUGGUAGUCUUAAACAAAUCUACUUUGAAACAAAAGUAUACAUCUCACACACAUUUACAUGACAACUAAACAAAAAAUCGGACAUUAUUCUUCCAUUGGAAUUUGGUUUUGCUUUUAGCUGGUUGAAAGUAUAGUGAUUACACAUUGGGAAUUCAACAAACUUCUGGCUGUCUUUUUGAGUGGUUGAAUAUACAUACUCUAGGUUGAAAUCUCAUUGAUCAACAUCUCAACCAAAUAUUACCCACAUUUCUAUGUUUAAAUUAUGUGGUUUGCCCAGUGGGAAGUAUAAUUAUGGGAGAAACAAUGGAAAAAAUAAGACUAUAUUUACCCUAUGCACUCCUCAGUCUUCUCUCCUUCCCUUUCUCGCAUCAGCUCUGCUUUUCUCUCACUUUAUUAUCUCUCCAAUAUGCAGCAUUCCCAUGCAGCAUUUGUAAAUGUGGAGGCCCUGGCAGUAAAUUAUUCACUCACUCUAUGGGAUGUGUUUCUAUCAGAUUGUACUUCUCAAAUUGAUCACUCCCAAAGUUUAUCCCUUCUCUGAGAAUAUCUAAACGUCCUCUUUUGUUUGGGCUUCCAUCCACUGUGUCUAAGAGGCGUGACUGCUGCCAUUUUUCAAAGAAGGUUUUGUGCUGCACUGCCUGCUGCACUUUGCCAAAAGUACAAGAAUGAGCUAUGGAGAAGAUAGAGAGGAGCCUGGGAGAUAGAGAGUAAAGAAAAUGAGAGAGAGAGAGAGAGAGAAAUAGAGAGACCGAGACAGAGGGAGAGAGAAAGAGGAAGCAGAGAAAUGAGCUCAACAUGAACAGUUCUCAGAGAUGUCAGGAUAUUCAUGGCUGUUUCUGUCAUUGAGUAGAUCAUGACCCCAGGUCUUUCUCAGAAGGUAUCAGAAUCUGGGAUGCACCAUGAUCUUUUGACCUUGAGAAGUGAACCUUUGUGUGCAAAGCCUUUUGGCCCUUCUAAGUCCUUCAUUUAUGCAGGAUAUGACCGCAACCAUCUGCAUCAAUAUCAGAUGCAUAUUUUCAAUAUUUCAUUUCCAGACAUCAAUUUAUUCUGUGGUGAAAUAUUCAGAAGACUCUACAGUAACUCUUAUUUUGAGUACUCCCUUCCUCAUCCUUAACUGGGCCUGACCAAUGCUAGCCACAUGUAGACCUGGAGGCAUGGCCUCAGUGAAAGUGGUUGGGAUUUCCACUGCCAGUUAUUAAACAUGAGAACAGGUCGAUCCGCUCUCUAUCCUCCAUGUGCCAUGUUGCUGUUGAGAGAGCAUCCUCCUGCGAACACAGAGGCCUAAUAAUUGUAGUAACAUGUCUUAACAGCGAAGGGGCUGCAAAUGGGACAGGUAGAGAGACAGGUAGAGAAAAAGGUAGAGAGAGAGGUAGAGAGAGAGAUAUUGAUGGAGGAGUAGACUCGGUCAUUGUGCAUAGUCCUUUCUGUGUCCAGGGAGGGUGACUAGUGCAGGGGAGGAUACUCAUCAGCGGCCACUGAGAACAAAUCCGAUAAAGGCGACAACUUUUAUCACGCCUUCUGGAAGCCAGCAGAGAUCCCGGGGCCAACCCUGUCUCACUGGCGUCAUUAAGCUACAGUAUAUCACAGUCUCACUAAUUGACAUGGCAGGGGUAGAGGGGAAGAGCAGACGAAGAGAGCAACACAGGCUGAAAAUAACUAAUGGUCAGGGGCAGAGCAGAGCGAGGGGAGGGGGACAGACUUAACUACCAUGGAGCAGUUGUGAGUGGGUGAUUGCUGAUACAGGGCAGGAUCUGGAGUUUGUUUAUCUGCUCGUAGCAUAUGUGUACUACUCUCUGAGUGUGUUUAGUAGUAGCUUCAUCUGCAUCAGCACUUAGGCUACAGUAGGCCUAUACCUCUCUCCAGGCCUGCCUCUGUGCCACCACAGUAAGCAGGCAUAUGUAGUGACUGCAGUGCUCUAUUUGUUUCUACGGCAAUUGGAAUAAACGUCUUUGUCAGCACCAGUUAAUGUUUUUAUCAUUUAAAAAGGCAAUUAAAACCCCAUUAAAAAAGGAGUUCUGUCAUACAUUUCCAAAGAAGGCAACAACUACUCUCUCUCUCUCUCUCUCUCUCUCUCUCUCUCUCUCUCUCUCUCUCUCUCUCUCUCUCUCUCUCUCUCUCUCUCUCUCUCUCUCUCUCUCUCUCUCUCUCUCUCUCUCUCUCUCUCUCUCCCUGUGUCUCUACCACAGAUCCCCUUUUCAUCAAGUUAUUUGCAGAGAGGCUGGGUACAACGGAUACGGCUUGGCAUGAUGCUGGUGUCACAUAAUAAAGUUAAAUGGAUCAAUUUGCAAGGCAUAAUUCGCUUAAAGUAACUGCACUUGUUGUCACUUUGUGUUCUGGCUGACAGGCUGGGGAAGUUUCACUCUAUUAAAGAAUGGAGCUAGCUAUAAAUACGCCUCUCUCUCCUUCACCAGAUGCCUGGCUGAUGUUAGGCUCCAUCAGACACCAUGUACGGGCUAAGGCAAAGCUAUAAAGAACUCUGUAUAGGACUAAGGGCUAAGGUAGCAUCAUGUUGAGGUAGCACCAUGUUUUCAAACGCCUGGCUGAUGGUAGGCUCUAUCAGCCGCUGACUUUCCAUCAGGCACUGGGUUAGACAAGGGAUAAGACGUAAGAGCAUAGAGACCUAAAGUAUUCAAACAGGCUUGAGACUACACAGGUCUCAAGGUUAAUAAAGUGGUGUUCAGCCUCAACCAAACUAUAAAGCCUCUCCAUACUGAACAGCGGUUGCUGUGUGGUGUCCACCUCCUGACUUUCUUCCUCCUCCAUUUUCCCUCCUGCUGCAGAAGACGUUUGCGGCCAGCCCGUACUCGGACCCCAUCACAGUGAAGCUCCACAGCGGUAUGUCCCUCCAUGCUGAGGACCCAGAGAUGCUGUGGGUCAUGGGCCCUGUCCUAGCCGUCGUACUCAUCAUCAUCAUUGUCAUCGCCAUCCUGUUCUUCAAG